GUUUCUGCCAUCGUUAGCUGCCUCUGCCCGAUUCGACCGACGUCGGAGAUUCGCUCAGUCCGCCAGUAACAAUGACCAAGAGAACAAAGAAGGCCGGGAUCGUUGGAAAAUAUGGUACCCGGUAUGGUGCCAGUCUUAGGAAGCAAAUCAAGAAAAUGGAAGUGAGCCAGCACAGCAAGUACUUCUGCGAGUUCUGCGGGAAGUACUCUGUCAAGAGAAAGGCCGUUGGUAUUUGGGGGUGUAAGGACUGUGGGAAGGUGAAGGCUGGUGGUGCCUACACUAUGAACACGGCAAGUGCUGUGACAGUGAGGAGUACCAUUAGGAGGCUGAGGGAGCAAACGGAGAGCUAAGUUGGGAAAGAGUUUUGGUCCCAAAAUAUCUUCUUCAUUCAGAGCCGCCGUUCCACCGUUUUUCAAGUUGUUUUCUGUUAUAAACACCGUAUUAUUUCUCUUCCCAUUUUUGACCUCUAAUGAAGUUGAUCUCUGGUUAUUUGGCUUCUAA